AUGUGUUCUGUAUCCAGUCAGACGCCCAUCAGCAUUCUUCAGGAAAUUAGCGUAAAAAAAUGCAUCACAGUCAGUUACGAACUUGUAGCGAAUGAAGGCCAAGCCCACGAACCCAUUUAUGUUUAUCAGUGUAAAGCAGGGAAGGUCGCCGCUAUCGGAAAAGGUGCCAGCAAAAAAAAAGCCAAGCACCUGGCUUCCUAUUAUGUCCUACUGAAACUUCUCGGAGACAAUCCAUCAACACAGAAUGAGAGGAUCCUUCUGCAAACUCUUCACGCCUCCGCGGCUUCACUUCUUGGCGUUGAGUACUGUGAUUCCACCACUGUGGAUCGUGGAGAUGGAGCAGACGGCAACGUUGCCUCGAUGCCACGAGCUCCUGUCAACUUCGUCAGCAAGGUGCAGGAACACUGUGACAAAAACAUGUGGCCUCCUCCUACUUACGAAUUUUCCGAGUGUCCACCAAGUCUUUAUGGUGGGAAAUAUCAGUGCAAGGUCCGUCUUUGGCGGUGGGAGUAUAUAGGCUUCGGUGGUUCAAAAAAAGAAGCAAAGAGAAAGGCUGCUGCAGAACUUUUGAAGGAAAUAGUGGAGCAAGGCCUUACUAUCCCACCGGAUGCUCUUGAGGCUUUGGAGGAGGCGAACCUACCUCUGGUAGAAAAACAAGAUCUUAACACAUUAAGAAAUAAACAAAGCAGUGACGAAAAGGCCUCAAUGAUGGCGAGAAAGAUCUGCUCCGGGGUGUUUACUAACCACGGAAAAUUAAAACAAAUAGCUAUCGAUAAUCUCUGUUCACCAUCCCUCGACGUCUACGCCACGUUGGAGCGAAUACUCGAGGAAAAGAAGCUCACUGUAUUUUAUUCAUACACGAACAUGACAGAAUCCGGUAACAUCUACUGUCAAGCGCAGUUGUCCACAGUUCCCCCACAGGUAACAUGCAGCCGCCCUUGUGGUAGUGUGGAAGAGGCUCGUAGAGACGCCGCAUAUCGUUGUCUAGUGUACCUCGAGGCGAUGACCAGACCUACCCCCACCCUCCUCGAAGAUGCUUGGUUCCGACGGCCGGAUUGA